GUAAACAAUCACGUGGAAACAUCAUGGAUGUGUUUGACUAUGGUGCAGAUUAUUGUACCUCUGCGUGUUGUCUCUAGCUGGAUUUUGAGCACUUGUUGUGUUUAAGUAAAGCAAGAAAUGUCCUGAAAAUAAGCGGCAGCUGACAGUUCAGGCCGGUAGUUGUAGCAGCGCUGCUCUGUGUGUGAGAGUGGGACUGUGAUAGAGUUAUAGAGAGUACCUGCUCACAGUCUACAUCAUGUUUGUGUUGGUGGAGAUGGUCGACACGGUCAGGAUCCCUCCGUGGAACUUUCAGAGACAACUGAACGACGCCAUAGCAGAGGAGCUCAACAAGAAGCUGGCCAACAAGGUGGUCUACAAUGUCGGCCUCUGCAUCUGCUUGUAUGACAUCACUAAACUGGAGGACUCCUAUAUUUUCCCAGGAGAUGGAGCCUCACACACCAAAGUUCAUUUCAGGUAUGUUGUUUUCCACCCUUUCCUCGAUGAGAUCCUGGUCGGCAAGAUCAAGUACUGCAGUCAGGAGGGAGUUCAUGUGACGAUGGGCUUCUUUGAUGACAUUCUCAUUCCACCAGAGUCUCUUCAACAACCCGCAAAAUUCGAUGAAGCAGAGCAAGUUUGGCUUUGGGAGUACGAGACGGACGAGGGGGCCCACGACCUCUACAUGGACCAAGGAGAGGAGAUCCGUUUUCGGGUGACAGAUGAAGUCUUCGUGGACACGUCACCUACGGGCCCGGCCACUGCGACGACGGCAACGGCGCCGCAACCGGGACAGUCGACGGCGCCGCCAGCAGAGGUCAGCGGGGAGAAGAAGGAGGCGCCGUACACUCUGAUUGGGACCAUCUGUGACCCGGGGCUGGGGCUGCUGUCAUGGUGGAACAAUUAGCGCCGCAGAGGAAGACAACGAUGUCGGGGUUUUUUUUACCAACAGAUUGACCAUCGUGACUGAUCGGGCCGGUCGGCUGGAGACGCCGAGCCCUGUUGUUUCAGUACAGGACAGAGUCAAGAGACAAAUUGGAGCUGCCGUCUGAAACAAGAUCAGGCUGGUGUCAGAGUGACUCAUGACACAUCUGCCACACUCAGAUGGACUUUAUUGUAAAUACUGACCUUUAUAUACCAGCUUCAUGUUAACAUGGAAAACUUACCGUUGAUUGAUGAACAUUCACAUUCAGUUGGUACAUCUCACAUGAGAGUUUGACCCCAAAUAAAAAGGAAACAAGAAUAAAUGAAGUCAUUAAUCAUUUGAAUCAUAUAAUCUAUUGAAUCAUAAUAGCAUCACCACUUUAUGAGAGUCAGCUCAACAAAGUAGGUGCGGUUUAAAACUGGGUUUUCAGUUUUAAACAGCACCUACGUCUCAGGUGCUUAAUGAUGUAAGAACUGAUUUGGACACUCUGGUCCAUUUUCUCAGAGAGAUUAAGACUAGUCCUAGACUAAAGACAAGAUUCUGUGAAAAUGGGAAGUUGCCCUUCUGAGUUUUAGUAGUUAAUCAAGAUAAGAGAAAUGAGGCUGAGUGACAUUGUUGUUGAUGUUAAUUGAUGUGUGGGUUAGAUGUCUAAUGCGUUUGUGGCAUCAUAAUCCAAAUCAAAGAAAAAAACAUUUUGGGAGUCAUAUUUGAAAGAUAUGCUUUUUAUUUUAAAUAAUAGCGCCACACCAGUUUUUAUUUCACACAAUUUCAG